AUGGCCACAACUACUGAGCCACAACGAGACACGGAUACAUUCAGUGUUCCGCUUCAACUCGGUGAUAUAUGCAUCGCUUUGCAUGGUUCCCGGGUGUGUUCUGUAGAGGGCCAGUAUGAUUCACCAGAAACCCAUCUGAUCCUCUCCUAUCCAUCAACACCUGCAGAUAUUCUGGAAGACUUCCUGCAAACUGAAGAGGUUCCGCCGGGGUACGCGUUUGUCGCCUUCGCUGAUGAAACGCAGGGUACCUCCUUAGUCCCUGAACAAGAACUCCAGCUGAUCUCCAGGAUGUGGGACAUUGGUCAACUCGUCAGACGGCAAGAAAACGACGCAAUUAGUGGCAAGGUCCUGAAUCAUUCAAACCGAUGUACUCUGGAGCCUGUGGUGUCUCGUACCACCAAUCCACUAACUGAGGAGCAUGGCCCGCUCAACUUCACACACAAGACCAAUUUUCUCGGCCCCAAGGUGACAUCGGCGCAAGAAGAGCUUCCCACAUUGUUACGUGAUGUUUCGAUGUGCGACCUUGAGCCUUACGAGCCAUUUACCGAGGGAGACGGGUUCAUAUAUCAUCAGAGAUAUGGCAACAUCCUGCGGGUCGACCGAGACCCUGUAUUUCUAACGAAGGAUAACGAGGUCGUCACUAUCUAUGAUCCGUUGGGCGUGGAAUCUCCAGUCUGGUUUGAUUCUGAUAGGCUAGUAUGGCUCCCAGACGAUAGAAGAACGAGCAGGGUGUCGGGUCAUAGUGGAGCUGAUCCAGUACACUUACGCCUUGAUGAUGUCUAUCCUGGCCGGUUUGCCUGGGUCAAUUCUGCAAAUAUGCGUGAGGUGCAUGGAGCUCGGGUCAAGAGCUCAGCACAUGGACGUAUAGGCGUCUAUACCUUGGCUACACCGGCUUCACAGUACUAUGUCCAGUGGGAGAUACCAAAUGUCUUUGGCAUCGGGGUAGACACAGUCACACCGACUGAGGAGUGGGAGACAAUCAGAGCAUCAAUAUUCCUGAAACAUGCGGUUAAGUGUGACUUCGUACAGGCUCCAAAGAAUAGACCUGGUGGAAAUGAAACGCACCUGGGCCUUUCAAAUUGGAUGACCCUUGGUGGUGUUGUAUGUUUUCGGGACCCGAGGGAAGCGGCUACCAAGUACCCUUCUUACCAGCAUAUGCCGGCUGAAGAGUCAUACGGAUACGAUUUGAAUGUCUUUCGAAUUGUUUCAUACAAAUCAGACGUCACGGUCCAAUGGCAAGACGGGAGUAUUACCACCCAAGAUGCGAUAUACUUGCAGAAGGCACGCUCCAAGCCCAUCGAUGAGUUUUUUCCCGGAGAUCUCGCUACUUUGAAAAACUCGGUCGAUGUGAAUGAUCCUUCGCCCGGAGGCAGUCCAAUAUGUGCAUCACACUCAAGCUAUUGUGGCCGCAAAGUUGGCGUUAUUCAGAAGGUCGAUAGUCAGGAAAGAGUAGCAUUUAUUCGGUGGUACGAAAGCUCGACUGUCAAGUGGGCGAAGGACGGAUUGAGUCUUAGUCGUGAAUCUUUCCAUUUGGGAGGUUUGAGCACCGAGGUUACUCCGGUGUCGCUCUAUGAGCUCGCCACUAAUCCUGCUCUACGCAGGUCACCCGGAAAGCUUGUAGUUCUUGUUCCUAGCACGGUACACUGCUCGGUGAUUCGAGCUCCAGGGGAGAGGCCUGCGUCCCGCAAUACGAUUGGUAACUCAAGCCAUUUUUCUUCCAAUACCUUUGAAGCGGUUUGGAGGAGCCUCGAGGCAAUGAAGAACGACAUCGUGCGUACUGAUUGGUUCAAGAAAAGCAUUACGAUUGACGACUCUCCAGCGCCUACACGCUUGAGUAUUCAUUAUGAAGACUUCCGCGCAAGGUUACACGCGGAUUUUGUUGGAAUGAUUGUGAAAGCCGGCACCGAUGGCACUGUCAUAGUGCGAUUGGCACAUAAGGAUUCAUGCAUGGAUGUAGAGAUAACCAUGGAGCAGAUCAUGUUGAUGCCUCCCGAGCUUUUUGAUAGAAUAUAUCCGAGUGAGCCUUUGUCGACUCCGAAUGACGUAUCGGUGGAUUCCGACACUGAGUAUGAUAUCAAGGAUGAGGCGGUCACAGAAGAUGAUGCUAAUGGUCACGGAGCACCUCAUAUCACAGUGGAGAGAUUUCCACACGCUUCAAGCAAUGCACUGAAAGACAGUUAUCAGGCUCCCUACUAUCAUGUCACUAUGGCCGACGCUGAAGGAGACUUAGGGGUGACUGGAGCAGGUUCCCCCGCAUCGUCUAGUCCUCCGGCUUUCCUGGUACUGGAAGGACAUCCUCCCUCUGAUCAUCAAUUCAUCUCGAGCGACGUCACAGACUCCGGACUGAGAAUCAAGCGCAUACACAAGGAAUGGAGAAUCCUAGAGAAAUCCCUUCCUGCUGGCAUCUAUGUACGUACGUGGGAGUCGCGCAUGGAUCUUGUCAGAGCCCUAAUUCUUGGGCCCGCGGAUACCCCGUACGAGCAUGCACCUUUUGUGUUUGACUUUCACUUCACGGGAGAGUUUCCGGACAAGCCCCCGAUGGCUUUCUUUCACGACUGGACUUCUGCUGAAGGAGAUAUAAACCCCAAUCUUCACGAUAGUGGCCGUGUUUGUCUCAGCAUUUUGGGGUCGUGGCCUACAGAGGACCCAGACGAGACCUGGUCUUCUUCUAAGUCAACAUUUCUCCAAAUAUUGGUCUCCAUAAUGGGUCUAGUUUUGGUCGAACGUCCGUACUAUAAUGAGCCUGGCUUCGAAACCCUUGCUACAGUUGAGGAGAUGCGGAUUGACUCUAUGCAGUACACCGAGAAGACCUUCCUCAUGACGCGGAAGUUCAUCAAGCAUGCUUUGGGUAAGCCAGUGUUUGGUAUUGAAGACAUUCUUGCCUGGACAUACCUCCCUAGUCCCACGAACGCGAAGGAUAUGAAUCGGCCCUGUCUGCUUCACCGAGCUAUCCUCGACGCACGGGCUAUGAUCGAACAUCAUAACAAGGCCGCCUCAGAGCAAGACACGCAUGCAAAAGACGCUUCUGAGUACCUUUCACGGCUUAGCCUUGGGGCGGUGGUUGUGCUGCAGAAGCUUAUCGCAGACUUGGAGAGGAUUGAGGCAUCGUGUCGCUCCUCUGGAUCGUCGUGA